UUUUUUCUUCUUUUUUUUGGAAAAAUGUUUCUUAUUCGUUAUAAUCGAUUUAUAGUUUAUUCAUCAUCGUUUAGAUUAUCAUUGUAUAGAAAAUCACAUAAAUCAUUGUUCAUAUCAUCAUCAUCAAGAUUCUUUUCAUCAUCAUCAUCAAACAUUAAUGAUAAUGAUCCGAAACCGAAAUCGAAAAUUCAAUUAUCUAAAAUUAUCGAUAAAAAAUCCACAAAUGUACAGAUAACAAAACAAUCAGAGCCAGGUAUUUUACAAGGUCAAAUUGAACAACCAAUUACCGGUAAACAAGUUUCAUCAUUAUUAUCUCGAUUAAAAAAUUUAUCGGAAAAAAAUACAAUUCUCGCGAUGAUUCUAUGGCGACCAAUUUCAAUAGUCGAAUAUAUUGAAUCAUCAAGAGAGGAAAAAGUCAAUUCAUUGGUUUAUGAUUCUGUUUAUCAUCUACUUUUUAUAUUUUUAAUAAUAAUCAUACAUAUUGUUUUUUUAUUAUUUAUGAUUGAAGAACAUAAAAUAACCGAUCGAAACUAUAUAUUAAUUAUGUCUGAUUCUGUCAAUGAACUUUAUGAACGACUUUUACUAAACGAUCUAACUGUUGAACAUGAUGGUCAAUUUUUACCAUCAUCACAUAAAUCAAUUCAAUUAUGUGAUAGAAUUUUAAAGAAAUUAAUCGAAACAAAUAAAGAAUAUAUUGAUGAUGAACAAAUUGAUCAAACAUGGUCAACAAUAAUUAUUGAUGAUAAUGAAAAUUUAAAUUCAUAUACGAUUCGUUCGCAAAAAUUUUUGAUUUUAACAAAAAAACUUGUCGAUCUUUGUGAAAAUGAUGAACAUCAACUUGCCUAUUUGAUUGCUCAUUCAUUAUCGCAUGCAAUUUUGAAACAUUAUCGUGAACCGCUAACUAAUCUUCGACCAACACAAAUAUGGAAUGGUCUUUGUUUUCUUUAUUCAUGUCGAUUAAUGUGGUUUUUUGAACCAAAUGAAUUUCUAAAAGAAAAAUUGGACGUGUUAAAAAUUUUAUUUGCAUAUGAUGAAUGGGCACGUGAUAUUUUCUAUCGAAAAUAUCGAAAAAUGUUAUCAAAAAUCAAUUAUUCCGAAACAAUUGAAGAAGAAACUGAUCGUAUUGCAAUGCAAUUAUUAUCACGUUCAUGUUUUGAUGUUCGUCGAGUGAAUAGAUUUAUUGAUAAAUGUCAUCAAUAUCAACAACAAACGGAAUCAAAACAAAAAUCAACUGCAACCACCGAAUCAUCGGAUAAUAAUCGUUUAGCGUUACAUUAUCUAUAUGCACAUGGUCAUAGUAAUGGAUCAAAAUGGAAACGUUUUAAUGAUGAAAAAUUAAUGAAAAAAUUUAUUGAAUUUCGUAAUGAAUGUGAUUGUGAUCCACUUGAAUAAUGAUGAAUAAAUAAAUAAAAAAA